AUGAGAAACCAAACACACUCUGCAGAAUUCAUCCUGAUAGGCUUCUCAACCACAAGGGGGUUGCAGAAUGUUCUGUUUGCACCAUGCCUGGCGUUCUACCUGGUUUUGAUAGGUGGAAAUACUGCUAUUGUUACAAUGGCCUGUCUGGAUCCUCGUCUUCACACACCUAUGUAUUUCUUCCUGUGUAAUUUCUCUGUGGCAGAGACUCUGGUCACAUCCACUGUGGUCCCCAGAAUGUUGGCAGGCCUAAUGGUGGAAAGAAGCGCUAUAUCCUUUGGAGGGUGCCUGGCUCAAUUUUACUUCUAUUUUUCGCUGGGAUCCACAACCUUCCUUCUGCUGGCUGUAAUGUCAAUUGACCGCUACGUGGCCAUUUGCCACCCUCUGCAUUACUCUGUCAUCCUGAGCAGCAGAGUUUGCAUCCAGCUUGCCCUUGGAUCCUGGGCGAUUCCCUUUCUUUUCAUGAUUCCCCCAACCAUAUUCAGGUCCCUGCUAUCCUUUUGCAGCUCUAAUCAGAUCGACCACUUCUUCUGUGACAACGCACCCUUGCUCAAACUCUCCUGCUCAGACACCCGCCUCAUUGAGCUUGGAGACUUCCUCCUUGCGAUUCUGUUUGUCUUAAGCUCUUUUGUUGUGAUAAUAGCCUCCUACGUUGCAAUCAUCUCCACCGUCCUGAGGAUCCCCUCUGACACUGGUCGGCAGAAGACCUUCUCCACCUGCACCUCACAUCUUGUUGUGGUGGGCAUCGGCUAUGGCACUGCUAUCUUCAUCUACGUGAGGCCUGGCAAGAGCUACUCCACAGAUAUGAACAAAAUGGUAGCCCUCUUGACGUCUGUAGUGACCCCAUUCCUAAGUCCCUUCAUCUUCACUUUGAGGAAUCAGAAAGUCAAGGAGGUCUUCAGUGACUGGUUGGGGAAUUUAAGAGGUUUACAGAGAACAAAACUGUGA